CGGAAACAACAAUAUCUAAAAUAUAUUUUGCAUUGAGACUAUUUUUCAAAAUGGCAGCCUCCUUGGAAAAAUAUUUGUCCAAAAUUAAAGCUCCUUUGGGCGGUGAAAAAGUCUAUAAAGAUGAAUGUGCAUUUUCCUUCGAUACGCCGGGAUGUGAAACAGGUCUGUAUGUGUGUAUGAGUACAUUCAUUGGUGUGGGGAAGAAACAUGUUGAACGCUUUUCAAGACAAACAGGCAACAAUGUCUUCUUGCAUAUGAGACGGAUCAAGAAAGAAAUUCCAAAACAGGAAGAUGACCCACCAGCCAAGAAACCUACCAAGCUAGCAAUUGGUGUUGAAGGUGGCUUUGAUGUUGAUGACAAGAAGUAUACAGUAGAAGAGGUGAACUCUAUUGUUGUUCUACCAGAAUGGACAGUCAUACCACUACCUACCACAGACAUACCAAUGAUGGCACAGCUGUCAAGUGCAGCUAUUAUUGCAGCUGAGUCUGCAGCUAAGGCUGAAGAGGCUGCAGCCAUGGCAGACACUUGGGAGGGAGAAAAGAGGGUCAUCUCGAGGCAUGCUGCAAACUUGCUUCAACUCGACAAUGGUGUUAAGAUUCCACCAAAGGGCUGGGUUUGUUCACGUUGUGAGCUGACUACUAAUCUAUGGGUGAACCUGACUGAUGGUACCAUCUUGUGUGGCAGAAAGUUCUGGGAUGGCAGUGGGGGCAAUAACCAUGCAGUUGAACAUUACAACGAGACCAAGUACCCCCUGGCUGUCAAGUUGGGUACAAUCAACCCAGAUGGAGCAGAUGUUUAUUCAUAUGAUGAAGAUGAUAUGGUUGAAGAUCCAGAUCUUAAAAAACAUUUAGCGCACUUUGGAAUCAAUAUUUCUGCAAUGCAAAAGACUGACAAAUCUAUGGUCGAGCUAGAAAUAGAUCUGAACCAGCGUAUUGGAGAAUGGGACGUCAUUCAAGAAUCUGGAAGUAAGCUUAAGCCUCUCUAUGGGCCAGGUUUCACUGGGAUGAAGAAUCUUGGCAAUAGCUGUUAUAUGAACUCAGUCAUGCAAGUCCUCUUCAACAUUCCUGAUUUCAAAGCUAGGUAUGCUGAUCAAGCUGAGGAGUUGUUCAACACUGCACCAAGAGACCCUACUUCAGACUUCAGCCUUCAAAUGGCGAAGCUUGGCAAUGGUUUGCUAUCAGGAGAUUACUCCAAGGUGCCACAAGAUGGAGAGACAACCACAGAGGGCAAUGGUGAUGAGGGCAAAGAGAGAAUUGUGACGGACACAGGAAUUCGACCCCAGAUGUUCAAGACAUUAGUUGGUCGUGGUCAUCCCGAGUUCUCUACAAAGAGACAACAAGAUGCCCAAGAGUACAUUCUGCAUCUCUUUAGUCUCAUAGAGAGAAACAGUCGAGGUAGUGUCAAUCCCACUGAUGCCUUCAGGUUUUCUGUGGAGGAGCGUAUACAGUGCUCUCAGUCCAAAAAGGUGCGCUACACCAACAGAGAUGAGUUCAUCUUGGAGUUGCCUAUACCUCUAGAAGCUGCUACUAACAAGGCUGAGGUGCAGGCUUACAAUGAAAAGAAAGCUGAGCUUGAAGCUAAAGGUGAACAAAUAAAUGUAAAGGAGAUGGUCCGGCCCAGGAUAGCAUUGUCUGCUUGCUUACAGACUUUCCUCGAACCCGAAAAUAUUGAUGAUUUUUACAGUUCUGCAAUAAAUACAAAAACAACUGCUCAAAAAACAACAAAAUUAGCCUCAUUUCCAGACUACUUAUUAGUGCAAAUGAAAAAGUUUACAAUAGGUGAUGAUUGGGUUCCAAAGAAACUUGAUGUGUCCCUAGACAUACCCGAUGAGCUAGAUCUGAGUAGCAGCAGGGGUAGUGGACUAGCCCCAGGGGAGGAGCUUCUCCCAGAGGCAGAGGUAUCUGCGGAAGAACCCCCAGCUGUGCAGAUAGAUGAGGCAGUGGUGAGUCAGCUAGCAGAUAUGGGCUUUGCAGUGGAAGGUUGCAAAAGAGCUGUGUUCCAUACCAACAAUACAGGUGUUGAAGCAGCUAUGAACUGGGUCAUGGAACAUAUGGGAGAUCCAGAUUUUGCUGCACCUUUCCAAGUCCCUGGCACCAAAGGAGCCAAGGCUUCAAGUGGCGUUGUUGUCAAUGAGGAGGGUGUUGGUAUGGUGAUGUCUAUGGGCUUUACUGCAGAGCAGGCAACCAAGGCGCUCCAAUCAACUGAUAACAAUGUAGAGAGGGCAAUAGACUGGAUAUUCAGCCAUGCAGAUGAGCUAGAUACACCCAUGGAGACUGAGCCAUCUGUUGCUGCCCAAGCUAAUGUUCCUGAUGCUGGGCCUAAGUGCAGAGAUGGACCUGGCAAAUAUAAGCUGGUUGCCUUCAUAAGUCACAUGGGAACAUCAACACAAGUUGGACACUAUGUAUGCCAUAUCUUAAAAGAUGGACGCUGGGUGAUAUUUAAUGAUGAAAAAGUAGCACUCUCAGAAAAACCACCAAAAGAUCUUGCAUAUAUUUAUGUCUACCAGAGACAAUAGAUGAACUUAGGAAACUGAUGUGAGAUCUCAUGGAAAAGUACUUUAAAUGAGCCACAAUUAACAGUUUAUAAUGUAAACAUGAGGACUUCAAGAUCCGGGAUCUCGUGGAGUACAUUUGACAAAAUUAGAGAUUCUCAAGACUCAUUUUGAGUGCAAGCAUUCACAUUUUCUAAACAUCAAGACUAAAAUUUGUGUAGAACAAAAAAAAGUGUCUCUAAGAUGGAUGAAAACAUGGAUGGUAGACUCAGUCGUAUAAAUUGCCAAAUAAAAGUGUGCAAAUUUCACCUUUUGUACAUGUACACUUUUAAAUAUUCUCUUGAAUAAAUUAUAGCUUUUUCUCGAAAAUGCACGUUAUUUAGUAAUUAGGCCUAUAGAUGCCUGUACUCAAUUAUGUUCACAACUAGGAAAAUUCAUGGACCCAAAGUACAAACUUUGGACUUAACAGAUGAAGAGAUUCUCAAAGUUCACAUGGUAUAUCACAUGAUCAAGUUAUGUAGAAUAUAA